ACCUGCAAUGAGCAAAAGCGCCAUGGUGAGGAGCCCCGUGAACACGUUACCAAAAACACAGCAUCCACUGGCUCCGAUCUUGGCAAAGACGUGCGGCGUGAUCAUCGUGGAGGGAAUCACUAGCAGCGCAACGCAUACUGACAACCACUGGUACCCGGAAAUAGUAAGGAUUGGGGCCACCCCUGCAUCAACGAAGUGGAAAUAGUAUUGCUCAAGGGCAAGAGGCGAAAGGCACAUUGGGAACAAGGCUGUGGAACCAAAGUUGUCGGCCAGGGCACCGAGCUGAUGAAGUGAAGCGGUGGUUGUCGUUGUUGUUGUUGUUGGAGAAAUCGAUAGUUUUGUUGUAUAGUCGAUAGGAGAGAGAGAAAAAAAUGAGCUGAACUGUUGCACCUAUGAAAUCGAGAGUGUUCCCGGAAGUACCGCUUGGGAAUAGCUGCAUAAUAUACGCCAUCGGAUACAACCAAAACCACCAAACUCCGGGUACAAGCAAGCACCGGAGGACCAAAUCCAUGGCACUCACAAUAAUGUUCCACAUGACCUUGUUGUUGAUCGUUUCUGGCCGCUGGACCUCCUCCGUUUCCUCCAGGCCGUCCUUUCCUCCACCGCAAUCGAUCAGGCGAGUGUCCCCCGGCUCGAUGAAGGCUUUGAUCACGUAAGCGCUCGAGGCGAUCAUCAGUGCCGUGCCGACCCACAGCGGCGAGAACAAUCCGCUCUCGUUCAUAAGGAUGGCGAUCAUCCCGCCGCCGGCAUUCCCCAGCACAAAGCAGCCCACCAGGACCCCCAGCUGUUUUUCUUUCUCGAUCUUGUCCGUAUAGAUGUCACCGAUGUAGGCCAUGCCGAUGGGAAGGUUUCCGAGAAAGAAACCAAAGACCAGGUUGGAGAUGCAAAAGCCCCAGAAGGUAUGCCUUGUGAAAUACUUGACAAUGUUGCCGGCGGCGCUGAUGAUGGCCAUCCAGAGAAUCGGCCCCUUUCUUCCGAUCUUGUCGCUGACAGGUCCAAUGAAGAUGCUGCUGAUCGCCACUCCCAAGAGACUCAUCAUGCUAGAGAAUUGUUGCGUGUCGUUUUUGUUGUUUUGUUGUUGCCGUUUUAUUUUGUUUGCGUCGACGCCGCAUUCCGUUUUCAAUUUCGAGUAAUAACAGCKGUGAGAGAAAAGCAAGCAAAACAUUCACAAGGAGAAUGAAAUCCGAAGGGAGAUGUUAUACUUCGCAAACGGCACUAGUGCCGUACACCUCGCAUGAUCACCCAACAAUCCAAAAGCACAACAACAACAACAACAGCAACUCACGGAAUGAAAUACGUCGCCGAGUUGAACCCAAACGGUGCCGUCGUGGGGAAGGAUUCCGGAUCGGUCCCGGAGCACAUGAUGGCAUAGUUUGGGGCCAGCAUCUUGGUGCUAAUGGCGGAAGCCAAUAUGGCAAAGCGCAGGGCGUUUAUAGAGUUCUCUCGGUAAUUCUUGUCAGUGAUGAGCUUGUACUUGGGCGAGAGGCUCCUCGGGGACGAGAGGAGCUUUUCCCUCCAGUUAGACCACUCGUCAUCGCUGGUUCCAUCGUUUUUUACGGCGGCUUCCACCGGCUCGUCGGUCUUCUUGUCCGUUGUGGUAGUGGGGUCCGCAGCGGUCAUCUCGAUGUCGAUCGUCCCAUCGCCGGAGUUUCUUCCGGAGCUGGUGACGGAGAUCAUCCUUCUAGAUGCACCACCGUUUGCAAGAGUUGCAGCCC